AUGGUCAUCGCCGCGAUGAGUGCCCUGGCCAUGGACAGCCUUUCCCACAUUGUCGGGGAGGGGCCCCUCAUCAACGCAGAGAAGGAGUUUGACCGCUUCAUGAAGAGCUAUGAGUUUGCCAUCGAAGCACAGAAGCUGAAGCGUGAAGACAUCAAAAGUCUCAUGGAGCUGGUCGUGGAUCGAAUGGACAUGUACCAUCUUAUUGGAGCGCUCCUUUUGGAGUUUUGCGUUGGCUUCUACGGCGAGUUCAAAAUGCUCGAGCAGGACUAUGUCAAUGAGCCGAAACUGAUCAUGGAGAUCUUCUUGCUCAGCAACAUCGCAGCUGUGGGGUAUUUGCUCUUCGCCAUUUGGCUUUCGCUGCACGCGUCCGUGGCGGCGCAUGCCAUCGGAGUGGAGUUCCUGCUGGACUGCAACCGCUUGACGGUCCCGACGCCCGACAACCUGCGGGAGAUGCGGGAAGCGACGUCCAUGUUUCGCUCCACCUACAGGCUAUUUCAGAAGCUUCAACGAAACUUGUCCUCAGGCGACGCCGCCAUGGCCGCCCUCAACUCGGCCGCGGCUGGGUCCGGCUCGGCGACGGCCGGCGCGGGGGGCGACAAGAGUGUGGCGGGCGGCCUCGGGGCCUUCGGGGCCUUGGGGAUGGAGCAAAAGGAAGUCCAAAAGCCUCCCAAAGAGCUGACCUUGGAGGCCCUGGCCACCACUGGACAGCCUCUCGUGAUGCCGCGGAUCAACGACGAUCUGCAGAAGCUGGAACAUCGUGCCAAGUUCGCACAGCACCAUCGUGCCUGGCUGCGUUUCGACGCCUAUUCACGCGUGUCGAUGGCAUUGGGUAUUAACCAGAUGCUUCAAUCCAUGUCCUAUUUCAUCGCUGGUCCAGUACAGAAGCACAGGCCGAGCUUUGCUCUGAUCACCGUGAUCGGUGUACAGGCCAUUGCCUUCUUUCUGGUGAAGCUCGAUUGGCGAUCGAUGGAUACGGACGAGUCGGACGAUGAGGGGGAGUUUCAGAGAACAAAGAAGAAGGAUGUGAGCAGCCUGCCUCUCAUCGACUUCUUCGCCAUCUCGGUCACUAACUUGUUGCCUCCGGUGUGGAUGGUCUUGAUCCUCUGGUUGGCUCACUUCAUUGACUCCACGGAUGAGGGGAAUUUGGACCACCAAGGCCGGAUAACUGCUCGAGUCCUGGCCACUCCCAUCUUCUUCCUGCACGCCGCCUGGUUAUAUUUGGUGCGCUGGUACAUUGCUCCUCACCAACAUGACUUGCUCCCGGUUCGACUACGAACGGUGGGCUAUUUGGAUGUCUUCAUGCGUGAUGCCAAGCUGGUGCAUGAGCAAGAGGAAGAGGAUCUGGAGCAGGAGGUGGAGGCCUUUCCCCAGCCCCGGCGACGGAAGAGCACGCGCUGUCGGCACAACGAGGCGGCGAUGAAAACCGUGGUGUGUUGCGACAGUGUGGAAGACCUUUGGACAUCCCAUGAAUGGGAGGAGGACUACUUGGCCUCUGUUGAAACCUCUGGGCGCCGUGCCAAGAGCCGUGGACGAAAGACCCCCGAGCCCCAGAGCCCUGAUGUGGAGGCCGCCAAGGGCCAUGCGCCGUCGGAAUGUCAGCAAUGCUUAGUGCCCAAGCGGAAGCGGCCGCGGGGCCACGAUCACGUCGCCUGGUUGGUGGUGGGUCGCUUCACCACGGUGAUGAUUUGGCUGUGGAUCGGAGGAGGCUUCAUUCAUAUCACCAACUCCUUGCUGGACUUGGAAGGCACACCCAAGGACCUGAAUGGCAAUAUUCAGGAUCAGGUCCGCCGGGAGCUUGGCCCGCCGCGGAAGCUGCUGGCCCAGUGGCCGGAGCCGGCACGCUUCUUCGAGGUCACGAAGCUCCACUGCAACAGCAGCAGCGUGGUCAUUGGCACGCCCUUCAACGUGCACACUGCCCCACGUGCAGACGAGGGUCUAGGCCCUUUGGCGCAGAUUGGUGAGUUUGAGAUGAAAGCUGCAUGGUGUGAACCAGGCCGCUGUCGUGCCUUGGAAAAGCGGGGCCGACAGUGGCAGCUACGCUCGUUGGGCGAGGGGUCACUGCCAGCGUUGCUGGAUGUCCUCCCGGAGUCCUGGGAGCUCCUGGCGGCCGCACCCGCUGUUCCGCCCAUUUGGCGCAGUCCGCCCGGGGCAGCGGGCGGCGCGGCGGCACCGGUGCUGCUCGCAGCCUGGGACGGUGAACGCGUGGUUAUCUCCCGGCUUGAAGAGACAGAUCGGCGCUGGCGCCUGCAUCGGCGCUUUGCGGUGCAUCCCAGCAACUGUAGUCAGGCGGAUGAUGGAGGACGACCGCAAGUGCAGGGCCUCUACUUGGACACCUCAGGUUGUGAGACCUUGACGGUGUUGAGGGGCCGCGCGCUGGAGGGUUGGGACCUGGUGGCCGGCACCAGCUUGGGAUGCUGGAAGAUCAGCGCGGAGGAUCACGGUGAGUAUUCCGCCGUGUGCCACGACAGCUCCAACUUGCUUCUGGCAAGGCAUGGCUCGGAAGGACCCAUUUUGGAAGCUGCUGGGCUGCCCGACACAUUCACACAUUGCAGAGUGAGCGGCCAAGACUCCGCUUUGCAAGCUUAG